ACUGCGCUUCCCGGCAUGCCGCGCGCUCGGGGCCCGGCCGCCGGCCUGUCCGGCCGCCCCGCCCCGCGGCCCCGGCCCGGCCCGCCCCGUCCGGUGGGGCGACGAGCCGCAUGGAGGCCGGCUGAGGAACGCUGCGCGCCCCGGCCCAGCUUCCUGUUUCUGUUCCGGGCGGGGCCUGCGUCAGGCAGAGCUUUGCUCUGUGAAGCUGGAAGGAGGUGCUGGGAGGGGCGAGGCCCAGGCUCCCUGGUUGGUGCAGAGCCUCCUGCAGCCAUGGAGGAGGAGGAGGAGCAGCCGGCUCAGGAGACCAGCACGGACCCCGCGGGGACCUCGGGAGCUGCGGAGGUGGUGCCCAGGGCGCCUCCUGGAGAACCCCAGAACCUGUGUUCGUGCUCCCAAGACCACGUGGUGCUGGGCGGCGAGGGUGGGCCGCUCCCGGCCGACGCGGACGCCUUCAACCUGUUGCUGGAAAUGAAGCUGAAACGGCGGCGAGAGCGGCCCCGGCUGCCGCGCACGGUGACGGAGCUGGUGGCCGAGGACGGGAGCCGGGUGUACGUGGUGGGCACUGCCCACUUCAGCGACGACAGCAAGAAGGACGUGGUGAAGACGAUCCGCGCGGUGCAGCCGGACGUGGUGGUGGUGGAGCUGUGCCAGUACCGCGUGUCGAUGCUGAAGAUGGACGAGCGCACGCUGCUGCGGGAGGCCAAGGAGAUCAGCCUGGAGAAGCUGCAGCAGGCCGUGCGGCAGAACGGGGUCAUGUCGGGGCUGAUGCAGAUGCUGCUGCUGAAGGUGUCGGCCCACAUCACGGAGCAGCUGGGCAUGGCGCCCGGCGGCGAGUUCCGCGAGGCCUUCAAGGAGGCCAGCAAGGUGCCCUUCUGCAAGUUCCACCUGGGAGACCGGCCCAUCCCCGUCACCUUCAAGAGGGCCAUCGCCGCGCUGUCCUUCUGGCAGAAGGUGAAGCUGGCCUGGGGCCUGUGCUUCCUGUCGGACCCCAUCAGCAAGGACGACGUGGAGCGGUGCAAGCAGAAGGACCUGCUGGAGCAGAUGAUGGCGGAGAUGAUCGGCGAGUUCCCCGACCUGCACCGCACCAUCGUCUCCGAGCGCGACGUGUACCUGACCUACAUGCUGCGGCAGGCCGCCCGGCGCCUCGAGCUGCCCCGCGCCUCUGACGCCGAGCCCAGGAAGUGCGUCCCCUCCGUGGUGGUGGGCGUCGUGGGCAUGGGCCACGUCCCCGGCAUCGAGAAGAACUGGACCACUGACCUCAACAUCCAGGAGAUCAUGACCGUCCCCCCGCCGUCCAUCUCCGGCCGAGUGUCCCGGCUGGCGGUGAAGGUCACCUUCUUGGGCCUGCUGGGCUACAGCCUGUACUGGAUGGGGCGCCGCACCGCCAGCCUGGUCCUGUCGCUGCCCGCCGCCCGGUAUUGCCUGCAGCGGGUGUCCUCGGCCCGGCCGGACCCGUAGGAAGGACCAAGGAGCCACCGCAGCUGAGGGGCCACCUGUGGCUGCUGGCCCCGAGGAGCACCUGGUGCCACGCCUGCUCCCGCCCCCAACCACCCAAAUAAAGGAUCAUUUCACUGCUCUGAGCGCAGGCUCCCCCCAAGACUGUUCACGGGGCUCAUGGGCAUCAGGCAAGGGUCGGGAGGCCUGAGCUGUGUCCUGCCCCCUGAGCCCCAGCGGUGGGCGUGGGGGACCCCGGCUGCCAGCCCCUCCCUCACGUGCCUUCGCUGGUGCCAGUGGCAGGAGCAGCCGCAGGGUCCAGGGGGCCCGGGCACCCACAGUUCUGCUUUGGUUCCGGGAGCGUCGCCCCAGGGGAGCGAGGGGGCCAAACAGGAGCCCGGACACUCUGCCUGCAGGGAGUGUGUGUUUUGGGCUUUUUUAAAUUUGUGAAAUUUUUACUCAGGUAAUUUUAACUUAAAAGAAGACAAACUGAAGCAGAUGUCAGGAAAUACUAGCCUUAAGCCGGUUGGGACAGAGGGUGGCUUUUCCUUGGGUGUCGGUCCUGAGGGUGAGCGAGGGCAGGUUCAGCCCUGGCAGUGGGGCCGGACGCCCCUCCAGCCCCGGGCGCAGGGGUGGGAGCCUGCCCGGCUGUGGGGGUUGAACCUGCUUCCUGUGCAUCUGGUGGGGGACCCGGGGGUCCCAACCGCCGUGGCCGAUGGUGUGUGUCCAUCAGGGCUUGCCAGUUUGCACGCAUGCCAGCAGGCGCCCCCGUCCCCCGCACGCCCACCUCCGUGGUACAGACAGGCUCGAGCGGCCCACCCAGCACCUCCGCCUCAGGCAUCACUCGUGUGUGUGUGUCAAUCGGUCCUGUUGUGUUACGACGUCGCGUCCCUGCAGCCGGUCUGGCCGGUGUGAUUGUGCUGACACAGUGUCUCACCAAAUCAGGUGAACCCACAGCUGGGCCUGGGGCCUCGGGCUGGCCGCGUCCUUCCUGUCACUCGCUUGUGUACGUGUUCCUUAGAACAAAUAAAAGCUAAUUUUUGAA